AUGAACGAACAAACGGACGACGAUUUAUUAGUAACACAGAACAGUUUUAACAAUUCAACUGUGGAACUACAUUUGAAUUCCGAAUUUGAUUUUGUGCCUUUUUGUCCUUUAGAAGACAAUUUUAUAACUAAUUUCGAUUUAGGCAGUUUAAACAGUGAGUUAGCAAGUAACGCUUGUGACGGUGAGAGCAAUGACAUUAACUUGUCAAACUUAAAUCCAACUAAUUACGAUGAGGAAGUUUUGCAGGCUACUAAUGCCAUAGAAAGCGAACUGAAAGAUGAAACAUUACGUUUCGGCACACAACUCUCAAAAAGCGAAAUGAAAGGUUUACGUGACUCGGCCUUUUCUACAAAUACUGAAAAUAAGAGCACAUGGGCCGUCAAACUGUUCAAUAGUUGGAUAAGUGAAAGAAACAACCGCAAUGCAAGAGAUGUACCCAUCAUUGAAAAGGAUCUUAUUAAUUUGGCGGAAGAUGAAAAUGAAUUGAAUACGGUUUUGAUGUGUUUUGUGACGGAAGUACGCAACAUGAAAGGUGCGGAGUAUCGCGGUAAUACACUCUAUGAAAUUGUUUCAUCGCUACAGUACUAUCUGCGUAGAAAUGAUUAA